GUUAAAUUGACAUGUUUCUUACUCCAGUCCUACCUCGUACAGGAUGGAUAUAAUAUGUAUUUAUGUCGUAUUAUAGGUCAGGUCGGAUACUUACGUUUUAGGGAUCUCGUGGGCGUGUUGUUUCUCUCUUUCAGUUGUUAAUCUAGCCUGACACGCCUCGAUGACAACACGCGGUGGCGGUGCUCUGCUUACGGUUAAUAUUCAUACUCUCCGAGGCGUUUCUCACUUGUGUUGGCUUCGGACCGUACUAGAACACGUCCUGCGUCCCGGUAGACAGCCGAGCGCAUAGGUUGCAGCAAAGUCGCAACACGCGCAUUACUUUCCCCCGCAUGUCCCUCGUGAAUCACACGCGACAUAGUAUGUAGAAACAUGACAGCGACCUCAGAGGACCCGAGAGAAAACACCGCCCCCAAAGGGCCUUAAAGGAAGAUACUGUCCUCGAGGGUGGCUGUAGACCAUUUUGCACGCAUUCCGGGAGAGACAUCGCCGUCUCUCUUUCACUCGACCUCUUUCUCAUCGUUUCGCUUGAAUAUUUGCGAUCGCCACAAACAUACAUUUACAUAAUGGCUGCCACUACAACGCUGUCCCUCCUGGGCACGAUGGCAGGCUCUUACCUUGCCGCGAGGAACCAGCAGAACGGAGCAGCCAAUCCAGGCAUACCCCAGCAGACACAGCAACAACAGCAACAACAGCAACAACAGCAACAACAGCAACAACAGCAACAACAACAGCAUCCUAUCGCGACUCUUGCCCGACCUCUGGCAACUUAUCUCUCCUCCCAAACGCAGGUCCAGAAACAACCACAAGUGCAGGUACAGAGAAAUACGCCAGCAACAGCUACAACGUCGGAUUUGUGUAAGAACUGUAAUGCUAGACCGAAGUACUUUGACGGCACGCAGACACAUCCUUUCUGUGGGCGUAGAUGCGCGGCAGCCGCGCAGAACGCGGGAGUAAGCCGCGCGAAGAGCGUCGGUGCCGUCCCCACUCGUGUGCGGCAGGUGCUGGUACCUAGUUCUGGUGCAAAUACUACGCAGACACAGAGCGGUGGCAGUGGAUCGAAGCGAAAACGAAACCAGGUUGUAAGCACGGCCAAUCAGGUGUGCAGCCAUUGCAAAGUGCGGCCAAAGCACGGUGGUGCCGCAUUCUGCGGGAAAACGUGUGCACAGAAGGCGGGGUCCAGUUCACAGACGCCCUCAAGCAGGAAUGUCCCGGCUACUGGAGGAGCGGCUGUCCAGCCAAGUGUGAAGCGCAGUAAGAGUGCCGCCCCUGCACCCAAGUCACGACAGCCGCCUGCUCAAGAUGGUUGUCUGCUGUGCGGUGCUGCCGUACAUAAUGCAGGCCACUUUUGCAGCAAAGCCUGCAGCACAGCCGCAGAGAAGCGAGCACCAGCUUUGCUCGAAGUACCAGCAAACCACAAGACGUUCAAGAGCGUGACCGACCAGUUCAAAGCAUCCUGGAGACACAAGACAGCCUGUCCGACAGUAAGGAAAAUAUACAAGGUCAUUUCAACUCCGGCAAGCGUAACCAAGUACGAGGCAUAUCAAUCGGCGGUAGAGAACCGAGGGCACUUUGCAAAGGUAGGCAAGAGUGCAGGCAACGAGCACCGACGAUGGCAUGGCACCACGCGCGCCUGUCAUCUCGGUGACCCAGGCUUGUCUGUCACUGGCGCGACAUUGUGCUCCUCGACAUCGUGUGCUCUGUGUAACAUUCUCCGGACGUCCUACCGAGUGAGGCUUUGUGGACAAAAGACUGGCUGGGGUCGCUUUGGACAAGGCAUUUACACGAGCGCCACGUCGAGCAAGUCAAACGAUUACUCGAGCAACACAAUGCCUUCGCGGUACAAAGCGAUCAUCCUGAACAAAGUUGUCGUCGGACGAGGAUGCAAGAUGACACACGACAACACGGGGUUGACUACACCACCUGCAGGCUACGAUUCGGUGUUGGCUGAGGCCGUCCCGGGUGGGUCACUCAACUACGACGAAUUGGUUUGUUACACAGACGAUGCGAUCCGCCCCUCCUACGUAGUCGUUUAUGACGCAUGAGUCGCGAAUUAGUGGAGCGGAGCUGAGGAUAGUAACUUAACAGUGUUUAUGCUAUUUAUCUCACUGUAAUAACGAACGCCGGCGAAUCUGUAUGGCUGCGGUAGUGAAGCCAGAAACAG